UUGUUCAAAAUCGAAGAAGGGUCUGGGUGAUUUCCCGCGAGACCGUGUUCCGUUUACCUUUUCCUUUUGCUUAAGCGCUUAUUUGCGGUUUCACAGGCCAGCAACAACAAAACUAUUUUCUACUCUCUAGAUAUGCCUAAGAGACCCUGUCCGUUUACGGAGACAUUCUCCUCACAGUAUAAAAUCCAUGUUAGUCAAAAGGAAUUGAGCAAUCAAGGAGUGAAUGGAAACAAGUACCGACAAGAAAUAUACGAAAAGACCAAAAACUUGCUUUUUAAUGGGACUAAAGCUGUUGUGGGAAGACUAUGGGAUGUGGCCAUGGAUGAAAAGCCAGCAGAGACUACUAUGCCAAACCACGCACUCCUCAAAGGACAGACUUUGAUUGGAUUCGAUGGCAAGCUCAAAAAGACAACAGCUGCUACAGGUGGCGUGGCGGCUCCGGCAGGCUGCUGUGUGUGCCUGAAGGCUGGUUCGUCUAGAAAGCCCUGCCCCCAGUGUGAACGUCUGGUCUGCUCCUCCUGCACCCAGCAGUGCAUCAGCUGCUCCAGCCUGUGCUGCACCUUCUGUAUUACCAUAGAUUACACUGAUCGGUAUGACAAGGCUUAUUGCUGUAGCUGUUUGUCGUAAUUGGAAGACUGGCCACGACUAAGAAGCGAACUAAAUGACUUGAACUGUUUUUAAACUGUAUUGAUGCAUUAAAAAUCAAGUGGCAAUUUGAUAAUAUUUUAUAUGCAUGUUUUACUGCAAUUAUUCCAUAUGAAUGUGUACAUUUGUGUUUUUCCUCUAAUAAAGUAUUUAAAGCAA